AUGUUGGACAUCAACGCAUUUUUGGCUGAAAAGGGUGGAGAGCCCGAAAAGAUCAAGGCUUCUCAGAAGAAGAGAGGUGCUUCUGUCGAGCUUGUUGACGAGAUCAUCGCCGACUACAAGAACUGGACCAAGAUCAGAUUCGACUUGGAUGCGUUGAACAAGAAGUUGAACGCUUUGCAGAAGCUGAUCGGCCAGAAAUUCAAGGCCAAGGAGGAUGCCUCUGAGCUUUUGGCCCAGAAGGACCAGCUCACCAACGAGAAGAAGGAGCUCACCGAGACCGAGCAGAAGGCUGACGCUGACUUGAGAUUCAAGGUCAACCAGAUUGGUAACAUUGUUCACGACAGUGUUGUUGACUCCAUGGACGAGGAGAACAACGAGAUUGUGAGAACCUGGAAGCCAGAGGGAUUGUCUGAAAUUGGCCAGGUCGCCGCUGCCACCAACGCUCCAGCUACCUUGUCCCACCACGAGAUCCUCUUGAGAUUGGACGGUUACGACCCAGAGAGAGGUGUCAAGAUUGUGGGCCACCGUGGUUACUUCUUGAGACAGUGGGGUGUUUUCUUGAACCAGGCAUUGAUCAACUACGGUUUGUCGUUCCUUUACGGCAAGGGCUACCUUCCUUUGCAGGCUCCUGUGAUGAUGAACAAGGAAGUCAUGGCCAAGACCGCCCAGUUGUCCCAGUUCGACGAGGAGUUGUACAAGGUCAUGGACGGUGAGGACGAGAAGUACCUUAUCGCCACCUCUGAGCAGCCAAUCUCUGCCUACCACUCCAACGAGUGGUUCGAGAGCCCUGCUGAGCAGUUGCCUAUCAGAUACGCUGGUUACUCUUCUUGUUUCAGAAGAGAGGCUGGUUCCCACGGUAAGGACGCCUGGGGUAUUUUCAGAGUGCAUGCUUUCGAGAAGAUUGAGCAGUUUGUGUUGACGGAGCCCGAGAAGUCUUGGGAGGAGUUUGACCGUAUGAUCGGUGCCUCUGAGGAGUUCUACAAGUCGCUUGGUCUUCCUUACAGAGUUGUGGGCAUUGUGUCUGGUGAAUUGAACAACGCUGCCGCCAAGAAGUUCGACUUGGAGGCAUGGUUCCCAUUCCAGAAGGAGUACAAGGAGUUGGUGUCGUGCUCCAACUGUACGGACUACCAGUCGAGAAACCUCGAGAUCCGUUGCGGUAUCAAGCAGCAGAACCAGAGCGAGAAGAAGUACGUGCACUGCUUGAACUCGACCUUGUCUGCCACGCAGAGAGCGCUCUGCUGCAUUUUGGAGAACUACCAGAAGGAGGACGGGUUGGUUGUGCCCGAGGUGUUGAGAAAGUACAUUCCAGGCGAGCCCGACUUCAUUCCCUACUCGAAGGAGUUGCCCAAGAACUCCACGUCGAAAAAGAGAAACUAA